CUGCUCAGUUACUUUUCCUACUCCUCUGGUGUCCUGUUCUUCAUCAAUGAAGUGAACCAUACAAGAAUAAUACUCCCAAAAAUAUUAAAAAAAAAAAAACCUGCUUCAACUGAGCUUUCUCAUAUUUGUUACUUUUGCUUUACUGAUUACUUCCACUGUCCUUUGUUUUUACGCAUCAUUAAGACAUGAUCAGUCUGAAGUCAUGGUGGAUUGGAAGCGUAUUAUUCCUUCUUCUUUUAUCAUUAUUAGUUCCAGGAACUUUUGGUUGGGGAAAAGACGGCCAUCAUGUUAUCUGUGAAAUUGCCCAGGGAUAUCUUUCAGAAGAUGCUCUGGUAGGGGUGAAACAAUUGCUUCCAGAUUAUGCAGAAGGAGAACUUUCUGCUAUUUGCUUCUGGGCGGAUGAGAUUAGGUGGCAUUAUCACUGGAGCAGGCCUUUGCAUUAUGUUGACACGCCUGACUUUAGGUGUAACUACCAGUACUGCAGAGACUGCCAUGAUUCUGCUGGUCAUAAAGACAUGUGUGUCACUGGUGCAAUAUACAACUACACUAAGCAACUAACAUCCAGUUUAGAUGUUCCAGAUUCUGAAAUUAAAUACAACUUGACAGAGGCGCUCAUGUUUUUGUCACAUUUCAUUGGUGAUGUCCACCAGCCUCUCCAUGUGGGAUUUAUUGGAGAUGAAGGUGGAAACACAAUAACUGUUCGCUGGUACCGGAGAAAGACAAAUUUGCACCAUGUAUGGGAUACUAUGAUCAUUGAAUCUGCUUUAAAGACCUAUUAUAACUCCGAUCUUACAACUAUGAUUCAAGCAAUUCAACAAAAUAUCACAAAUGAGGAUAUCUCAUCGUGGGAGAAUUGCAAUGGCACAGUUUGUCCAGAUCCGUAUGCUUCUGAAAGUGUAAAUCUCGCAUGCAAGUUUGCCUACAGAAAUGCUACACCAGGAAGCACUCUAGGAGAUGAUUACUUUAUUUCUCGGUUGCCUGUUGUGGAGAAGAGACUGGCUCAAAGUGGCAUCCGUUUGGCUGCUGUUCUCAAUCGUAUCUUCUCUUCAAAUCUACCAAUUGCGAAAGAGUGAAAGAAAAAGUUAGGAUAUGAUAGAACAUAAUGGUUCAGCAGUUGGGGAAUACUAGCCCUGUUAUGUAAAAUUCAAAUCUGCAACUUAAGUAAACCAAGUGUCCUUACCUAUUGUAUAUUAGUACAAAACUUGCUGACUCUAUUUUCUGUAUCGUUAUGUUGAUAGGGUUUUUCUAAUGGAUGCCUAUGGGCACCUGUUAAUGUACCUAAUA